CUACCAGCUUGGGUCCGCCCACCAAGCGGUUAUUCGCAACGUCUGGCAGCACUGGCCCGGGUUUUGUUGUGCUUUUGUCUUCGCUACAUUGGAAUUUCGGUAUUUCGGUACUUCGGGAUUUCGGAAUUUGGCCGAGGAAACCCUCGUGGCGGAGAUUCUGGGGAGGAUCGGCAAUGAGCAGCGGCACCGCCGGCUGCAAGCGCGUGCACAGCAUCGAGGUUGAGCAGCCGCUGGAGGCGGAGCGCGUGGAGCACGGCAUUUUGUUGGUCAAGGGGCGCCUGCAGCCCAAGUGUUCCACGGCGCGCCAACUGAAGGCCACCCUCGAUCUGCCCGAGCAUCAGUCCAGCGAGCAGUUGACCCAACUGUCGGCCGCCGGCGAGUUCAAGCUGCUGUUCGACUUGGAGCGCGGCGAUUCCAAUACCAAUAGCAAUCCCAAUCCCAAUACCAAUACCGAUCUCGAUCCCGAGGAGAUCGCCUGCCUGCUGGAAUUGCGCUCCUGUAGCGCCGCCCGCCUGAUUCGGUUCAAGUACAAGCCCCGCCGGAGCUCGUACCGGGUGCAGCCGCUCUACGUGCUCUGCCGGGACGAGGAGCGUCCGGAGGAGCAGCUGUGCCAGCUGCACUCGCUGAUCGACCUCAACCUGCGCCUCGUGCAGUCCAUCUACGCCCACAAGCUGCAGGCGGCCGGCUUCCCCAACCGCACCUUCACGCUGAACGGCGCCUGCUGCUCCUUCCGCAGCCAGCUGACGCGGGCGGAGGCGCUGGCCAGGAGCGAAGAGGCGCUGUGGCAGCACUUCGCCGGCGAGAUCAUCGCCUGCCCGCAGUGGGGUCACCAGCUGCUGCUCAAGUUCGUGGCCUUCGUGGGCUGCACACACUACGACGGCGACGGAGUGGCGGCAAGCGGCGACUCCUCCUACGCCAACAUCCGGCGGCAUCUGAAGGGACACGCGGCACUGGGCGGCGGCGGACUGGCACUGUUCGGCAGUGCCCACUUCUACGCCUGGCCCACCAGCUUCUCGGAGAUCGGCGACUGUGUGCGCAGCACGGAGCGGGUGGACACCGCCCGUCUGCCGGACGAGAGCAACUACCGUCGCACCUACGGCGGCGUCUACGCCAGCACCCUGGGCGCCGUGUGUCACGAGCUGGGCCACUGCUUCGACCUGGGCCACACCACCGAGGGGGUGAUGGGCCAGGGCUUCGACUAUCUGAAUCGCGUGUUGACCGUGGACCAGCCCACGGAGCAUUUGCCCCAGCGCAUCGUUGCGGCCAGGAGAGCAGCGGCUGGCCCCUCGUCGGAGGCAUCCGGAGGCCAGCAGCGCCCCCGCUUCACCAAGCUGAAACUGCAGCCCGGCAGCAGCAGCCAGCUGCUGGACAACUAUCACAACCAGCGGCGUCACGAUAGCUUCUACUUCGGCCGCAACUGCGCCGUCAUCCUGGCCCACCAUCGCUGGCUCAAUCCGGAAUUUGAACACACGGCCGCCGCCAGCUUUGAGGCCGCCCAUAUCCAGCUGAGCCGGGCCACCAAGGAGAUCGUGUCCAGCAGGCCCCUGCGGCUGGUCGAGCUGCGCUGCAACCAGAACAGUCUGGUGGCCCACUACGAGGAGUUCGGCGAGCAGGAGGCGCCCGUGCACCGCUUCCAGCUGCCCGCCUCCCUGUGGCACCUGCUGGCCGAGCAGCGCACCCACUACGUCUUCGUGCUGACCACCAGUGGCGACACCAAGCGGCUUUCCUGUGAUUCAUAG